UUGCUUCUCGCCCCGCCAACGUCGCUGCAUCAUGGCGUCAUUUUCACCUCCGCGGGGCACCUGGUUGCUUGUGUUUUGCAUCUGUCUCGUGCUGCUGCCGUCCCGAGUCGCAGCGUUUGGAGCGGGCAAUAUUCCGUCGAUUGCGCAGGUUGAGGGACACAACUGGCGUCAUGGAGAUAUCGAGGACAUGCUGUCAAGCAUUGCCUUUCUUCACGGCAAGAAAUGGACGUCGAUGCUGAUCAAGCGAACGUACUUCGGCAACUGGCUCCGUGACUACUCGCAGGCAGUCGACGUUGGCUCUCUCAAGGGCGUCAAUGCUCCCACUAUUCGCAUCCUGGUCUGGGUUCUCUCAUUCAUGUCCUUUGGUUAUGCCACGGAGGAAUUCGAGGUGACCGAAGAGCGCUUGGGGUGCUACCGCCCGGAAGAACACAUUGACAACCCCAAAGGCUACGCAGAUGGCAUCGACGCUCGAACGCUCGACCCCCGUCUUCGUGGGCCAGUUGACCCCAUUGAGAUUGACAUCGAUCUCAACACCGGCAUGAAAAACUACAUUGCCAACGAGACGGGUCGAUGGGCUACCAGUGCCGGAUAUCUUCGCUAUAGCUUUGCUCGCAGCAUCCAUUUCGGUCGUCUCUACACCAGUGGACCACAGAGAGGCAACGAGGCCGACCUCUGCGAGGCACUCAGAUGCCUUGGCCAGGCUUUGCACUGCAUGGAAGACUUUAGCGCUCACAGCAAUUACUGCGAGCUGGCUCUCCGUGAGCUGGGCCAUCGAAAUGUCUUUCCCCACUGCGGCACGCAGUCUGAGAUUACAGUCCGAGGAAAACGCAUUUACCCCCUGGUGACUGGUACCUUUGGUGGCGUUGACUUUUUGCAUUCGGUCAUCGGCGAGGCGAACGACCACUUCACCCAAUCCGAGGUCGACGAGGUCGACGUCGCUCUCCUGAAUGCAGGAGCUGCUACGAGCGGCGGAGGCGGAGGCGCUUCUCGGGGCUUGUUGGAUAUCGUGGCCCCGAAGGACUUCAUUUCGCUCAUUUCCAAGAUCCCGGGUGAUGGCACGGGUUUUGCUGCUCAGGCUCGGGAGCUCAAGGCCAUGUCUGAAGCUCAGGAGCGGGACAAUGAAACACGCUCUCGCGCUGCAGGGAACUCUAACGUCGUUCCCGGCAUGAGCCCGAACUUCGAUCCGGUCAAGACUGCAAGGCAGAUCUACCCGAUUCUGCAGUUCCGCGACAGGAUUGUGAAAGCCAUUAGCCGGGGCAUCGAAAAGGUUCCCGGCCUCGAAAAACUCCUCGAGCACAUCAGCGAGACGCUGACGGCCUUCAUUCUCGGCCUCCUCGCCCCUUUUAUCAGGCCCAUCAUUAAUCAGGUCUCAAAGGUGCUCAAGGAUGGCUCCUCUGGCGUCAUCAGCGCCAGUGCCAACUCUCAGUUCGAGCCGUGGGAUAACCCCAGAAGCUCUGACCCGACACACUCCAUGCUGUCAAAGGACCACUUUACCAAUGUUCUCAACUCUUGUGCUGGGCGAAUCGCAGCCACAGUUCUCCAGUACACCGUUCCUCGUGUUCUCUACGCAUGGGAGAACCCCAGCGUGCCUGUCGACGAAGUUGUCAACGACGUGCUGCGGGCCUUCCACCACCCUGCCCUGCGCAACGAUCACGUCCAGAUUCAGAAGGACAUGUUCCGCACCGUCCAGGACUGGGUCAAUGAGCAUCCUCGCCGCCACGACAUCGAUCACCUCCUAUCUUCCGAGUCGGUGAAACAAGGCAAGAACCACAUUCUCAACCAGAAGAAGAAGGGCGGCGUCAGCGGUCACGCCCAUGACGCUUGGGAGACGGUUUCGCAGCUCGGCCAUGGCAAAGUUUCCGGUUCCCUCUGGGAGCAGGUCAAGACUCGAGACUUAAACUCCAUGGAGGGCCAUGAUGGAAACCCGGCUCUGAACUAUACCUCUAGUUCUCCGGCUCCGCCUUCACGCUAUUCACCGCCGGCUCAUGGGGGCUACGGUUAUGGCGAGAGUGCCUCGUAUGUCUCCCAGGCGCAUGCGGAAUCGUCUCAUGGCCAGUCUGGGCAUGCCUCUAGCUAUUACCAAGGCUAUCAAAGACAGCCACCGUAUCAGCAACCGCAAUACGGCAGUGAGGAACAAUGGGCUCAGGGCCAGCAGCCUCAUGGAUAUGGAGGCCCGGCUCAGCCGCAGUAUUCUUCAUACCAAGGCUAUCAUCAGCAGUCUCCGUCGUAUGGCUCUCAGCAUCACGAACAUCGACACGGGUACUGA